AUGAAGAAAAAAAUUGCACUCUUCGGUUCCCUCUUUGUGCUGCUUUCGUCCAGCACCGUGUCGUCUGAAAAGUUAGGCAUCCAGAAGAAGAAGAAAAAUCUGGAGGAGGACGACAUGCACAUGUUGAUGAAGAAGCUGGAAAGUUUGUACAAACUCAGUGCGACGAACAACAGCGAAGAUUUUAACAAAGAAAUUGAGGCCUUGAAGAAACAGAUUGAUCAGCAGCAACAACCUGGCGGCGACAACGAAGGGGAAAGUCCAGGCCACCUUCUAGAAAGCGAGGCCGCAGACGAUUCGGGCAAGGAAACAAUUUCUGGGGAAGAUGAAGAGGACUCAGACAGCUACGACGCCGAUUUUAUCGGGCAAGGGGAGAAAACUAUCACAAAGGGGGCAACAGGCAGUGUUGAAAAGCAGGAAGAGGAUAAGAAUGAAGAAGAAGAAAAGAAAGAAGAAAAGGAAGAAGAAAAGAAAGCAGAAGAAGAAAAGAAAGAAGAAGAAGAAAAAGAGGAGGAAGAAGAAGAAACAGAUAAAGAAAAAGAGGAAGAAGAAACAGAUAAAGAAAAAGAGGAAGAAGAAACAGAUAAAGAAAAAGAGGAGGAAGAAGAAGAAACAGAUAAAGAAAAAGAGGAAGAAGAAGAAGAAACAGAUAAAGAAAAAGAGGAAGAAGAAGAAACAGAUAAAGAAAAAGAGGAAGAAGAAGAAGAAACAGAUAAAGAGCAUACUUCUCAUCAACCAGAUUCAGAAGCUUCACCCGAAAGUGCCCCUGAAUCUCUUAAACUCGGAACACCCGUCCUACCAAGUGUAAUUACCGGGCAUAGUACUACAACAGAGGGGCUCUCACAAACGCAAUCCCCUGCAACAUCUGCAAACGAAGGAAAAAAUUCCGAAAAAUUGGGCAACCCCCCAGAAGCCCGGGCAGAAUCAUCACCCCCAGACACCACCCCCGGCAGCUCCAUUACCCCCACGACAGCUCCAUCCCCCACAGGGGAAGUUCCAUCCCUCCCAGGUGCAGCUCCAGCAACCCAAGAGGCAGCACUAUCAACCCAGGAAACUCCAACACAGCAAGCUCCAUCAUCCGCAGUAGCAGCACCCUCAGGUCAAUCACCCCCAGCUCCAUUAACCCCCCCGGCAUCUACAUCAUCCCAAACGCCACCUGGAUCACCUCCCCCAGUUCCAUCAUCCCGACCGGCAUCACCAGGUGUAAUCGCUCCUGUGGUACAGUGUCCAAAUGGAUGCGCCCUCGAAGUGAAGUACCUGGACAAGCUAUACGAUGAACUACUUAAAACAACAGAAGGAAAGGAUGGAAUUCACGUCCCCCUUUUCCACAGCAAAUAUAAUGACUUUCGAAAGAAGUACGAGCAUACGAUGAAUGAGCGGGAGUACCAGAUAGUGAAAAACUUGUUUGAAGGCUUCUUCAAGGAGGGGCAUUCCAAGUGUGGUUGCCCCGUUGAGUUUUUCAAAAAAUUGUUGAAUGACGCGGGUUUGCAAAAACAGUUUGACAACUUUAUGCAUGGCCUCUACGGAUUUGCAAAACGUCACAAUUAUUUAAGGGGAGAGAGGAUGACGGAUAGGAAACUAUGCGAAGAGGUGCUAAAAAAUGUCAUAAAUUUGCUGAACACGAUUGAAAUAAUAGGGAUUAAUUUGUUUUUCUCCUCCUUUAUCUGCCUUUUCUUGCUGGCCCAAUAUCCAACAUGGGGUGCAGACACUCCAAAUGGGGUCCCCAACCUUCCUAAUGGGCAGAAUAAUUUGCUAAACUCGUUGAAGAAAAAGUUGGAUAACUUAAAUGAAAUUAUGGGAGAUGAUGUGUCGGAAGAUUCCGAUGAAGUGAAUGAAUUGGAAAAACACGAAGAAGAAAAUGUAGAAGUGGAGCAGGAGGAGCAGCAGGAGGAAGAGGAGGAGGAAGAGGAGGAAGAUCAGGACGAAGAGCAGAAGGAAGGGCAGAAGGAAGAUCAGGAGGAAGAUCAGGACGAAGAUCAGGAGCAGCAGGAGGAGCAGCAUGGCGACACUUUGGAAUACACGUUGGAGGAUCCCAAGGAGGGAAACGAAGAAAACGAAAAUGACCCUCAGAAAAGCACCCAUCUCAAGAAGGACGCGGAUUUCAUGGGAAAAUGGAGUACAGUCAUGGCGAAUGAGGAAGAUGAAGCAAAGGGUCAGAAUUCCCAAGAGGAUGCGCAGAGGAAUUCGGACACAAACACACCUCCAUCAAAACCUGUGAAAGGGGCCACUGAGGUGGUUUCCACUACAGAGGCUGCUACAACACUAACAAAUCCGAAGGGCACCUCUGGAGAAGUAGAACAACAACGUGUCCAACCAUCGGAAGUUAAACCAGCAGGUGAACAGACUGGGGAAACUGAAAACCAGACAGUUGUUACGCCAUCGGGACAAUCAGGAACGAACACAGUGGACCCCCAAGCAAAUCCUACCCCUGCAGCAGAAAGUCAACAAGAAGGCCCAGUAACCGGAGGUAAUCAACAAGGAACAUCGCCACCUGCAGGAGGCCCUCCACAAUCUCCCCCUGCAGUCUCACAAGGAAAUAAACAACCAGCUGUAACUUCACAAACAACAUCAGAAGUCUCUCCGAAACCAAUAUCAGCAGUCACUCCACCAAAAACCAUCACUAACUCGGACGAUGUCAAAAUUAAGUACUUGGACGAGCUUUAUGAUGAGAUUAUGAACAUCUCGGACAGAACCAACGACAUUAACAAGCAAGCUUAUGACAGCAAAUACAGCACGAUAAAGAAGAAGUACAAGCUUAGCAUGAACCCUGUGGAAUAUCAAAUUGUGAAGAAUCUAUUUAACGUCGGAUUUAAGAAAGAGGGGGAAACUUCAGUUACUACUUCCCUGAGUGAAGUUUUUAAAAAAGUCCUAGAUGACGAGAAAUCUCAAGAACAGUUCGACAACUUUGUAGAGGGGCUGUACGGAUUUGCUAAGAGACACAGCUACUUAGGUAAGGAUGGGAUGGACAAUACAAGGUACUCCGAUCUGCUAAAGAAUGCCAUCAGCUUGAUGAACACUCUUGAGGUGAAUUGA